AUGGCCACUCUCGCGCGUAUUCCACGAGAAGUUCUCUACUAUAUAGUAGAUUAUCUCGGCCCUGAGGAUCUCACAUCGUUAUUAGUUGCCUAUCCUGAUAUUACAGGCCACUUGACAUCUCAACAUUUAUCUGUGGCUGGAAAAAUGGUUCUACACUUACUCGCUGAUUCAAAAAUCGAACCCGACCCGGCGUUAAGGGACAUGGCAGUAGAACGUCUCAAACAAAACAGCGCCAUUCCCGUUAAUAGUUGCGAUAAACAAGGCUGCACUCCGUUGUGGAUAGCAGCGAAUCGAGGAUACGGAAAGAUGGUGAAACUACUCCUAGGGCGAAAAGACUUGGAGCCAGAUAUACCGAACACAUACGGGGUAACCCCACUUGAACAAGUUGUUAUCACUGGAGAUAAAGCCAUGGUAAAACUGCUGUUGGCACAUGGUGGCAUUGAUCCCAUUCGCCAAUAUAGCUAUGACAGGAAGAAGGCACCACAAUUGUGUCCGCUUUCAACGGCAGCCACGAUGGGGCGUGCAGCUAUUGUAAAGCUGCUGGUAGAGUACAGUCCGAAGGAGCAAUUAGAGAGUGCGGUUGCCCUGGCCUUCAAAUGCGCCGCAUGCAACGGCCGUGAGGAGGUUAUGGAGAUUCUAAUUAACGGAGUUGAGAAUGUUAAUUUUCAAAUCGAAAACGGACAGAGCGUGUUGUUGUACACAUACUCUAAAGGCUACAGGAGUAUUGCAAAGCAGCUGUUGACCAAGAACGGGAUUGAUGCAGGUUGGGAAGGCGACAAUGGUCGAACCAUGCUGGAUAUUGCAGUGGAUCGAGAAGAUAUUGAAAUGGUGGAGCUCCUUAAAGCUCGAGAGGAUGUGAAGUUGUCUUCGGGAUUCGCGACGGUGAGGCAGACCUAG